UCCAGCCAAGGAAUUAGCAACCGCAGGCCGCAGGAGUCAGGACGCGUUACAAGAGCAGGGAUCGAUCUUUCAACGUGUACUACAGUGUACGUGUACGUACGAAUCUCGCUGCAUACUUGAGAAGGUUAGUCUGGCUCGAGCUUGGCACUGGCAUUGGCAAUGGCACUGGGAAGUCCCGUUGCUGGCUCGCACUGCCACAGCCACCGCGUGCCAAGCUUCCUAGUUCGGCCAUGAUUCCGGUUCCAAGUCUCGGGGCAGUUACGAAGUUACGAAGUACCCACUGUCUCCCAUCCAACCUCGUGCAGCUGGUAUUCCGAGAUGCCAAACCAUUCGUUCCAACUUGGUUCCUCUCUCCCAUCCAACUAUCGUUUAUUCACUUCGCCACGCUAUAGCAACAGAGUCAGAGCUCGUGCUCGGAGAUGUUCACUCGUUACCGCAUCACUCUUUAACCUGUUCGGCUGUGGAGAUCCGUCUUGUUCCUGGGUGCGGCAUGGAAGGAAGAAGCCAGCGAGAGACGGUCGAUGCACUAAGAGACCAGCUGGAACACAUCGAAUUGCAAAAUCAUAGCCCGAGUAUUCCUUCAGAUGAUUACCGCACGGCGCAGGAUCCCCAGAGUGGUGAGCUCUCCCCGACACCGCGAUGGGGCGUACGAUUUGAGAAUGGCGACGAUGCUAGACCGCCGGGAGAGCCCCGGCGACCGCAACUAGCGCGAGCUAGGACAACAGCCGACCUCUACACGAUCCAGUCGCAUACAUUUGUGCCGCCGACGAGGCAACUUGGUCAAGACCGGCUCGACCCGUCUUCUUCCACAGGACCACACGCUACCGGGCGAAUUCGCAUAGAUGAGCCGAGAGUUUCCUUGACCCGGCCGCGCCAGACCAUUGAGGAGUUACGAGAGAACGUCAAGUAUGUCGUCGCCCCCGACGGGAAGACCGCCGAUGCACAGUCGCUGGGGAGUUGGAUUUCGCGGCGCAGGAAGCAGCAGAGGCGACUUGCCCGCCAACCGUGGGAAAAGGCACGGGCGAUUGCCGAGAGGGCAUACAAGCGCUAUAUCGUGGAGGGAUUGUUGAGACAGAAGCCGAUCCCGCCAAGCCAGGAUGGGAGGCACAUUCCCCUGAAGCCGGGGCUGGCAAGGCGGAAGCCCUUGAAGGACGAACGGACAGGCCAUCCGUACGUGUCCAACGUGAUUCGGUCGAGCAGAUACACCAUUUGGAACUUCCUCCCCAAGCAGAUGUUUUUUCAGUUCAGCAAGCUCGCCAACUUUUACUUCCUCGUCAUUGGUAUUCUCCAGAUGAUACCCGGUCUCAGCACCACCGGCACCUACACCACCAUCGGGCCGCUCAUCGCGUUCGUUGCGCUCAGUAUGGCGAAAGAGGGCUAUGACGAUUACCGCAGGUACAGGCUCGACAAGCUGGAGAACAGGAGCUCGGCUUGGGUCUUGGACCCGGAGAGGACCGUCAAAGAGCAGACGAGGAGCGGAGGUCGACGAUUUCCGGGACUCCCCAUCAGGAAGAGUGAGAAGGCAGCAGCCGACACGGAGGAGCAGGCCCAGGCGACUGGGGAUGAGGCGAUAGGGACCAGAGAUGCGGAAUCGGGGCAUUGGGCAAGGGUUCAGUGGCAGGACCUCCGAGUGGGAGACAUCAUCCGGCUGCGGCGAGACGACAAUGUGCCGGCCGAUAUUGUUUUGCUCCACGCGACCGGCCCCAACGGCGUCGCGUACAUCGAAACCAUGGCGCUAGAUGGAGAGACGAACCUGAAGAGCAAACAAGCAUGUCCGCUGCUGGCUAAACAGUGCUUCCCGGUCGAGAGCAUGGGGGCGUGCGUGGCCGAAGUCGUGUCCGAAGAUCCGAACAUGGACCUGUACAACUUUGAAGGCAGAGCCACGGUCAACGGCGAGACCAUGCCGUUGACCUUGAAUGAGGUCGUGUACAGGGGGUCGACGCUGCGGAACACGGCCGAAGCCGUUGGUCUGGUCAUCAACAGCGGUGAGGAGUGCAAGAUCCGCAUGAACGCGAACAAGAACGUUCGCGCCAAGGCGCCCGAGAUGCAGAACAUUGUCAACCGCAUCGUCAUUAUGCUCGUGUUCUUCGUCAUUUUGCUCAGCCUUGGCUGCACCGUCGGCUACAUCGUUUGGCGGCGCCAGUAUGAGCGCCGCGCCUUUUACCUUCAACACGGGUCUGUCGAGCUGGGACAGAUCUUCAUCGCUUUCGUCAUCGCCUACAACACGCUCAUCCCGCUGUCGCUCUACGUCAGCCACGAGAUCGUCAAGCUCGGGCAGCUCUUCCUGCUCCGGGACAUCGAGAUGUACGACCCGGUUACCGACACGCCAAUGGUGGCCAACACAACCACGAUCCUGGAGAAUCUUGGCCAAGUCAGUUAUGUAUUCUCGGACAAGACCGGCACAUUGACCGAGAACAUGAUGAAGUUCCGCAAGAUGAGUGUCGCGGGGACGGCAUUUCUCCAUGACCGGGACCUGCAGAGAGAAUCCGAGAAGAAGGGAAAGAAGCCGAUGCGCAGAGACACUGUCGAGCGUGAUGAGAAGGUGCGCGAUACCUCGACUGCGAAGAUCUCGACGCGCGUGACAGAUCUGGAGAUGAUGGAGGAGGAUCCUCUUGUCGAGGGCCGCCGUUCGGAGACCCGACGCCUGCCGAGGACCAACACUGGCGCAUCGAGAUGGAAAACAAGCACCCAUCCCGCCCACGGACAGCCGGAGGCCAAGACGGACGACCUAAUUCGCUAUCUCACCAACAAACCUCACUCCCACUUCUCGCGCAGGGCUCGCCAGUUCAUCCUCUGCCUAGCGCUGUGCCACACCUGCCUCCCGGAAACGGGCGAGGAUGGAGAGAUCGCGUUCCAGGCGGCAUCGCCCGACGAGCUUGCUCUUGUCGAGGCCGCAAAGGACUUGGGAUACCUGCUGGUCGACAGGGCCGCGCAGAGCAUGACGCUGCAAGUAUGCCAUGCCGACGGUUCGACGACGCGCGAGACGUACGAGAUCAUGGACGUUGUCGAGUUCAGCAGCAAGCGGAAGCGCAUGUCCAUCGUUGUCCGCAUGCCGGAUGGCAAGCUGUGCAUCUUCACCAAAGGCGCCGACAGCGUCAUCUUACCGCGCCUGAGACAGAAGCAACUUGCCAUCCAAACCGCGUCGGCCGUCGAAAGGAGAGCAAGCAUGCGCAGGAGCAUGGAGCAGGAGAGGGCUCUCCGCAGACAGAGUCUGCACAGCGCCAAGCCGCGCAACAGUUUGAACUUCAGCAGACGGGCAUUGGACCGGAAGGACAGCUGGCACCGGUCGGCUGCGAUCGCGGGCGAGGUUGACAGCUGGCUGACCCGCCGCCAAUCCGAGGCCGCAGACGAGCAGCUGCACGACGCUGACCCUUACUGCCACACCCCGCGCCGCUCUCUGGCCGGCGCGCGAUCGCUGGAACUGGCGCAGAUCGCGGACCCGAGCGAUGCUUUGGUGGACGAAUCGCUGGUGCUGAACGAGGCUGCCGUGUUUGAGCGCUGCUUCCAGCACGUGGACGAGUUUGCGACCGAAGGUCUCCGGACGCUCAUCUUUGCCUACCGCUACCUGGACGAAGACGAGUACCGCAAGUGGAAGGCUAUCUACCACCAGGCGACGACCAGCCUUGUCAAGCGCCAGGAGCGCAUCGAGGACGCCGCCGAGCUGAUCGAGCGGGACUUCGACCUUGCCGGGGCGACGGCGAUCGAGGACAAGCUGCAGCAGGGCGUGCCCGAGACCAUCGACAAGCUGCGGCGGGCCAACGUCAAGGUCUGGAUGCUGACGGGCGACAAGCGCGAGACGGCCAUCAACGUCGCCCACUCGGCGCGCAUCUGCAAGCCCUUCUCUGAGGUGUACAUCCUGGACGUGACGCAGGGCGACCUGCAGGAACGGCUCUCCCUGACGCUGACCGAUGUCAGCCGCGGCAUGGUCCCCCACUCGGUCGCCGUCAUCGACGGGCACACUCUGUCCGCGGUGGAGGACGACGACGCGCUCCGGGUGCUGUUCUUUGACCUGGUCGCUAGAGUCGACUCGGUCAUCUGCUGCCGCGCCUCGCCGUCCCAGAAGGCAAACCUCGUCAAGUGCAUCCGGCGCCAGAUUCCCUCGGCCGUGACGCUUGCCAUCGGCGACGGCGCCAACGACAUCGCCAUGAUCCAGGCCUCCCACGUCGGCAUCGGCAUCUCCGGGCGCGAAGGCCUGCAGGCGGCGCGCAUCUCGGACUACUCGAUCGCGCAGUUCCGCUUCCUCCAGCGGCUGCUCUUUGUCCACGGCCGGUGGCUCUACGUCCGGUCCGGCAAGUACAUCCUGGGCACCUUCUGGAAGGAGGUGGUCUUCUACCUCGUCCAGGCCCACUACCAGCUCUUCAACGGGUACACGGGCACGUCCAUCUUCGAGUCGACGUCGCUCACGGUCUUCAACACCAUCUUCACCUCGCUGCCCGUCAUCAUCCCGGGCAUCUUCGAGCGCGAUCUCUCGGCCGAGACCCUCCUCGCCAACAAGGGCUUCAACUUCCUCCAGUACCUCGGCUGGAUGCUCCUGGCCGUCGUCGAGUCCGUCAUCAUCUAUUACGCCGUCUACUACAUCUACGCCGUCCCGACCCACUGGCCCGUCCCGACCGACCUCUAUCCCGUCGGCACCCUCGCUUUUGCUCUGGCCGUCGUCUUCAUCAACCUCAAGCUCAUGUUCCUCGAGGUCCACGACCGCACCUGGGUCAUCCUUGGCGCCAUGGUCCUGUCGCUCACAGGCUGGUGGGUGUGGAACGUCCUGCUGAGCGCGCUCUUCAAGGAUUCUGUGGGGCCCUACGUCAUACGCGACGCCUUCCUGGGCGGGUUCGGCCGCAGGGGCAUGUGGUGGCUUGUGUUUUUCGCCGUGCUGUCGGCGCUGGUGGUGUUUGAGCUGGGCGUCACGGCUGAGAUGGAGGCUGUCAAGGGGGUGAAGGAGGUGUUGAGGGAGCAUGCUACUGCUGCUGCUGCUGGUGCUGGUGGGACCGACGAUUAUGAUCGCGAUUACGGUGAUGGCGGGGAGGCUGUCGCUGCUGCUGGUGGUGGUCCGGCAGUAGUGGUCGCGGGGGAUGCGGGCUCGUUGGAGACGGUCCCCUGUGCGGCUGUGCCGUCGCCGUCGCAUUAUGUCCAUGGUGCGGCCGGCGGUGGUGGUGGGCGGUUGACGGGGGAGUUUGCGAGGCCGCCGUUUACGCCGCCGUCCGAGGAGCGCAUUGGAAAGGGAGCAUAG